UAUUCACAUAUGAACAAAUAUUUCUCUUUAAAAAGACGGCAAUGCUUGCAUUAUAAUUAACUUGCUUUCCCAAGAAAACCACCGCAUCAUUCCAGAUUUGGCGUCAACAUGAGACCACACUUAUUGCUUUCGUUAUCGUUGCUUUGGAUAAUUGCUGAGACAUGGGCAAAGCCGGUUGCAAACGCAGAAGCAGACCCAAAUGCUGGUCUUUUCAAUAAAUCUAGAGACGUAACCUUUAACUCAAAAUCUACAGACGGAAAAUGUCGCGGAAGCUCAUCAUGUUCUGGGUAUGGAUCAGACUGCGGAUGCACAUCAUGUUCUAGAGGUAGAAAAGGUAGCGGAUGCCAAUCAUGUUCUGGAGGUGAAACAGGUAGCGGAUGCCCAUCAUGUUCCAGAGGUGUAUCAAAUUGCGGAGUUGACGACUGUAAUAUUUUUGGAGGAAGGCUUUGUUGUAACCAAGGAGUGCUGAGUUACAUAAUUAGGGUUUUAGAUAGGCUGAUUUGUUGCAUCCUCAAUCUCUUCGGAUUGACUGACUUCUUGGAAUGUUUUGUGCAAUUGUGUACAGGCGGCGGCACAGCUGCUUCAUCAGCCUCUCCUGAGUCUGGCGCUACUCAGUAACACAAAGCGUAUUUGGCAUGUUUGAGUAUUGUUUGAUAACUAAAUCAGUCAGAAAUGUAUAUGCUACAAAGAACGUUUUCCUCUGAAUCUAUUUAACUUACACAUACAAGGAUGUAUAUUAUUUUUUAUAUACAAUGAUUUAUACGCAAAUAAAUAAAACAAACUUA